ACGCGCCCUGCGCCUCCAUCUGUGCCGCCUGCUCGCUUUGGACCUGUGCCCGCGACACCUCUCCCCUCCCCUCCUUUCUUUUUCUGCAGUCCCGCCUGGGAUUGCUGGUCGCCUGUCCAGUCUAGCACCAGCCAAGCCCUGCUUGCCGGCAUCAUGGAGCAGACGUCGAAACAAAGCCGCCGGAGCAGGAGAGAGGUCGAUGCUGUAGAGGCCGUCCAGACCGGUACCCAAGCAAGGGAAUCGCGGCCGGACGACCGCCUUGCCCACAACACCAUCCGGGCCGUAACCCCCGAAAAUGUUCUCCCCGACGACGACCAAACGGCAAAUGCGAAUCAGACCGCAACCUACCAAUCCCCGCCCGUCUCGCCGCGCUCAAACACUUCCUCCUCCCGCGCCGGCAAUCCCCGAGCCUUUGUCCCCCGUGCAAACUCAAACGACAACGACUACGCUCUGCGAGCUGCGAGAGAUAACCAGACGCGCCCGCGCACAAGAACCCUGGAGGAGCGCUCGACACGCGACAAAACCCCACCGCACAUCAUCACGGGCAAUCGUCACCGUAUUGGCUCCGUCCACAGCACCGCUUCUGCCAAUUUCCAGAGCCUUGAAGAAUCCGUCGUCACUUCCAUUGGCCACCCCUCCACCAUUUCCCCCUCGACCUCGCAACCUCCGCCCCGCACAUCGAGCACCGGUCGCAGCCGACUCGUCAAGCUGCCUCAACGUACGUCUUCUCCUGCCAAUGCCACCGCCUCGCCCACCACACAGCCAGACUCAUGGAUCUCGCCCGUGCCCGCUUCAGACGCUCGGAAGGUACUGAAGCUCAUGCGCGCCACCUGCGGCAAAAUGCAGGGAAUGCUCGCUUUUCGCAGAGGCGAGGCGAGUCCGUGGUCGCUUUCCUACUGCUACAUCAACGAAGAUGCAGGAAGCCUCGUCUACGAGCCCAAAAGCGACAACUCUUACCAUCGGACCUUGGUACCCGACCUGCGGGGCUGUCGUGUAAAGAGCGCAUACGAUGCUGAGGCCUACACUGCAUACAUACAUGUCGUCGGGCACAACUCGAAACUCGAAGUCUAUCUACGACCCCCAACACAGGAAGAAUUCGAGUCGUGGUUUGCGGCAUUGCUGUGCUGGCAACCCAUUCGUCCCAAAGGUAUCCACAACAAAAUGGCGAAGCCGCAAACGCCUUUGGUUGCAGAUCGCCAAUUGGCGAACAGCAGGAGACAUUCCGAGGUUUCACUGACAAGAGAGGCGCCAAUCAUCAAGGUGGGUAAGAUGAUUUACUGGGACACUAGUGUGACCUACAGCAACACCGGAACACCAAAGACGUCUGGCUCCCGCCCGCAAGCCUACCGUUUGCAGAGCCAUGGCUCGCGCCGAUGGAGACGGGUGUCAUGUACCCUCCGAGAGAAUGGCGAACUGAAGCUCUAUUCAGACACAGACGUCACUCUGGUGUCCGUCGUGCAACUUUCGCAGCUGUCCCGCUGCGCUGUGCAACGAUUGGAUCCUUCGGUUCUUGACAACGAGUUUUGCAUCGCCAUAUAUCCGCAAUACACUACCGCCACGACAGCGCUGGCGCUGUUGCGCCCGAUAUUCUUAUCCCUUGAAUCUCGAGUUUUGUACGAGGUUUGGAUUGUUCUGUUGCGAGCAUUCACCAUCCCACAAUUAUACGGACCGAAGCAGGUCACCUUGAACGAAGAAGGCGCACUUUCGCCUUCGUUUGGAACUGCCGACAUGUUUCGCAUGGAACGUUCUCUGUUCGUUCGCGUUAUCGAGGCUCGUCUGAUGCCGCCAAUCAGCCCGAAAGUCGCCGAUAAUCAAACUUCCGCGAGGCCAUCGUCAUCGGCCAAUGUGAAUAAUUCCGGUGGGUUUUAUGUGGAGAUUCUGCUCGACGGAGAAACAAGAGCGCGAACCAUGGCCAAGUCUGAGGGCAAUACACCGUUCUGGAGGGAAGAAUUUGAGUUCCUGGACUUGCCGGCUGUGUUGUCGACCGCAUCUAUGCUCCUCAAGAUGCGACCUCCUACCAAUUCUCGUGGCGACAAAAGCCCUUUCGAAGUCCCGGUCAGCUCAGAAUCGUUUGUUUCAGAAGGUGCGGGUGGAUAUGCCGGCAUCACAUUCGACCAAACUUGUGGCAAAGUUGAUGUCUAUCUGGAUGAUCUGGGUCCGAACCAAGAGACGGAAAAAUGGUGGCCUUUGGUCAACAUGUAUGGCAAUAGCGUCGGUGAAGUGCUUGUCAAGGUCAGCACAGAGGAAUGCGUCAUUCUAAUGGCACGAGAUUACCAGCCAAUGUCCGAACUGCUGCAUCGCUUCUCCAAUAGUUUAACACUACAGAUUGCCCAGAUGAUACCAAAUGAACUGAGAAAAUUGUCAGAGUUCUUGUUGAACAUAUUCCAGGUUUCCGGACAGGCUGGCGACUGGAUUAUGGCUUUGGUGGAGGAAGAGAUCGAUGGAACGGUCAAAGAAACACCGGCCAGCCGGCUGCGGUUCAGCAAAAGAGUUGGGUCUGGUGAUUCUGGUGAACAGCAAUUCGGCUCUUCCAGUGACCGAGAACUGUUUGUCCGCGACAUGAAUAACAACGCAAAGCUAGAGGCGAAUUUGCUUUUCCGAGGCAACACCCUAUUAACGAAAUCGCUCGACAUCCAUAUGAAGCGCCUCGGCAAGGAGUACCUGGAGGAGACUUUGAGCGAUAAAUUGCGAGAGAUCAACGAUAAGGAUCCUGAAUGCGAAGUGGAUCCCAAUCGAGUUUCGUCGCAGAGCGAUCUCGACAGAAACUGGAGGAGGCUGAUAAACUUGACUGAAGACGUGUGGCGAGCCAUCUACAAUUCAGCAUCUCGCUGCCCACAAGAGCUCAGGCUCAUCUUCAGGCAUAUUCGAGCGUGCGCAGAGGAUCGAUUCGGCGAUUUCUUGAGGACAGUCAAGUAUAGCAGUGUAUCUGGCUUCUUGUUCCUGAGGUUCUUUGUGCCGGCAGUUCUCAAUCCGAAACUGUUUGGGCUACUAAAAGAUCAUCCCAAACCUAGAGCACGACGAGCCUUGACCCUCAUUGCUAAGUCUCUCCAGGGUCUGGCCAACAUGUCCGCUUUCGGUACCAAGGAAGCAUGGAUGGAGCCUAUGAACGCGUUCCUGACGACACAUCGCCAAGAGUUUAAGACGUAUCUCGACAGCAUCUGCGGCAUUUCUUCCACAAGUUCAUCCGCGCCUCAUAUCCCUCCAUCGUACAGCACGCCACUUGCCAUAUUACAGCGACUACCGCCUACCUCUCGCGAAGGCUUCCCUUCUCUCCCAUAUCUCGUGGAUCACGCUCGUAAUUUUGCUGCUCUGGUAGACCUUUGGCUCGACAACACCCAAAGCAGUGCGGAAAACAUCAGAGCAACAGAUGGUGAUCUUUUAAGCUUUCACAAGAUAUGCGUUGCCUUGCGAGAGCGUACUGGCGAUUGCUUGAAUCGUGCCGAGCGUGCGGAAAGACCAUCAUCUUCCCUCAGUGUGAAAUGGGAGGAGUUGGUCGAGCAAUUACAGGGAUCAGCCAGUCUCGAAUCAGGUAGAGGUGCUGCCACCAAGAACUUGCGAGGCACGAUCAAGGAAGAGGGUAGAGAGAGCAUGCCAACAUCCCCAAAUGUGUUUGAAGACCAAUCCCCUUCUUCGAAUACUAGUACUCCGGUCGUCGCGAAGCCGUCGCGCACAAGAUCACGGCAUCAGCAGAGUAAUAGUGUGUCUGCAUCGGCAAGUUCUCUGACGAGCAACAUGUCCGCGCAAAUGGUUGCCAACCCCUUCGGCGCCAAAGUCGCCCGUGGUACAGGUUAUGCUCUUUCUCUCCCGGAUACAAACUCACAGCCAGCAUCUACGGCGGCCUCGGCUGCGGCCUCCGUUGCUGAUGAAACUCCACCAGGCUCGAGCGACGGUCUCCAUAUGGCUCCGCCGCCCUCCUACCCACAGACGCACACUCAUCCCUCCAUUUCCACGGGACCCUUCCAUUACACCAACCCAAACACUCCAAUCAAUCAUUCGGCCAUGGCCAUGUCAGGGGCGUUCUCACAACCACCUCGCAGUGCCGGAGGACAGUCCUAUGAAAAUUCUGAUGCCGGCAGCAUGUUAGAGGAAGACGGUACCACAGCAUUGCCCGCCUUCAACAAAGACCCAACCAUUACCAAAGAGCGCAAAGAACGUGGUGGAUUUCGCGGCGUAUUGCCUUUCCAAAGGAAGCGCAAAGACAAGGAUAAGGACAAGGAGAAAGAGAAGAGCAAAUCCAAAGAUAAAGACAAAGACCGAGACCGCAGCAGCGACCGUAACGACAACGGAAGUACGUACGGACAUAGUCAUGGUCAUGGCAGGGGUGGCGGGAGCGCGUUGGGUGAAUACGCUAGCUACAGCAGUUUACGUGGUCGCGUGGCCGGCGAACGUGAAAACGAUGCUCAGUUCUGACUAGAUGGUUGGUUUACAGGUCGUUACAACUCGACCUCCGUUAAAGGCGACAGGGCGGCGAGUUUCGCCGAGAAGGAGCUUCGGAGGCGAAAGAGUUCGGGCGAACUCUGAAGGGCCGCGGAAAGCUUGGAUCUUAUAAAUUUACCAGGUCGAUGAACGUUGGGAGAACCGGGAGAAUGGCCUAGCACCAGCUGAACGCGUCGUUGUUUAACUCCGCAAUC